AUGGAUCUUGUAACCAUCGUCGAUGAACAGGACAAUAAGUAUACCUUUAAACGGUAUCAAGGAUACCCGUUCAACAUUGAAGCUAUUGGAAAUGUGAGAGAUCAACUGGAUAAAAUAGCCCACCGCGAAAUCAGGGAGGACGAUGUACUUCUUUCUGUCUUUCCCAAGUCUGGUACACACUGGCUCUACAACACUGUGAUGAUGUUACGAUCAGGAUCCUUGAAAUAUCACGGAACACCGACAAUGAUGGAAUUUCAAGACUUCAAUGUAAUUGAGGAAAUGCAAUCACCGAGAACAUUUGGCUCCCACAUGCGUUUCCGGUUCCUCCCUGAACAGAUGAAGCUAGGAAAAGGGAAAGUAAUCACCAUCACCCGUCAUCCUAAAGAUACUGUGGUAUCCAUGUACCAUAUGAUGCGGAACAUGGGAGAUAUCGGCUACCAAGGAACCUUUGAGGGCUUUUUGAAGAUAUUCAUGUCUGAAGAAAGUUUCAUGGGAAAUGGUUCAUGGUUUUCCUGGGUAAAAGACAUGGAGGAUUGGAAAAGUCCCAACAGUCUUAGUCUUUCUUACGAAGACUUCAAACAGAAUACAUUUCAGAAUGUGGUGAAAUUGGCCAAGUUUUUAGAUGUAGACCAUGAUGAAGCGUUCCUACGGUCAGUGGCAGAAAGUGUUCAAUUCAACAAACUGAAGGAAAGCCACAACCUCGCCACUCCGGCCAGUGAUCGAUGGAAAAAUAUUUCUGAAGACGGACGGUUACCAAUAUACAGGAAAGGUUUCAUGGGAAAUGGUUCAUGGUUUUCCUGGAUAAAAGACAUGGAGGAUUGGAAAAGUCCUAACAGUCUUAGUCUUUCUUACGAAGACUUCAAACAGAAUGCAUUUCAGAGUGUGGUGAAAUUGGCGAAGUUUUUAAAUGUAGACCAUGGUGAAGCGUUCCUACGCUCAGUGACAGAAAGAGUUCAAUUCGACAAACUGAAGGAAAGCCACAACCUUGCCACUCCAGCCAGUGAUCGAUGGAAAAUAUUUCUGAAGACGGACGGUUACCAAUAUACAGGAAAGGCCAAGAAGGAGAAUGGAAUCCGUACACACUGGCUCUACAACACAGUGAUGAUGUUACGAUCAGGAUCCUUAAAAUAUCACGGAACACCUACAAUGAUGGAAUUUCAAGACUUUAAUGUAAUUGAGGAAAUGCAAUCACCGAGAACAUUUGGCUCCCACUUGCGUUCACGGUUGCUCCCUGAACAGAUAAAGCUAGGAAAAGGGAAAGUAAUCACCAUCACCCGUCAUCCUAAAGAUACUGUGGUAUCCAUGUACCAUAUGAUGCGGAACAUGGGCGAUGUCGGCUACCAAGGAACCUUUGAGGGCUUUUUGAAGAUAUUCAUGUCUGAAGAAUGUUUCAUGGGAAAUGGUUCAUGGUUUUCCUGGAUAAAAGACAUUGAGGAUUGGAAAAGUCCCAACAGUCUUAGUCUUUCUUUCAAACAGAAUACAUUUCAGAAUGUGGUGAAAUUGGCGAAGUUUUUAGAUGUAGACCAUGAUGAAGCGUUCCUACCCUCAGUGACAGAAAGAGUUCAAUUCGACAAACUGAAGGAAAGCCACAACCUUGCCACUCCAGCCAGUGAUCGAUGGAAAAAUAUUUCUGAAGACGGAUGGCCAAGAAGGAGAAUGGAAUCUGUAAGAGAGGAGCAUGCAGGGAACUUCAAACAUAUAGUUGAAAUGAGAUUUGUGCUCAGAAAGAAUCUGUAUACCGAGAAAGUCUAG